UGCUACAACACAGUCAUCCGCGGUCAUCUCGUGCAGAACGUUCGCGGCGAAGCCAGUCGGGAGUCGAAGGAAUCAAUCGAUCGCGAUUGAAAUUGUUAGUGCUUAGUGUUUGACGUUUCUCUACUAUCUCACGAUUUGCCGUGCAAGUGUGCUAUGCUGUGAAAAGAAUUAAUCCUUGCGAAACAUUGAUUCGCCGGCGACAAAAUUUUUAUCAUACUUAUGGAAGAUGCAGUGUUAAGUAAUCUAAAAAAUGGUUCAAUAACUAUGAAUUAGUAAAAAUGUGACAGUUUCAAAAGGGAGAUACAUGUCGAUGACACGCGUGCCCGAGCUAAAAGAAAUUUAUAUAACUCGUUAAAUUAUAAUCACUGGAAAUGAUGAUAUGCGCGCGUUACUGCUAAAAAUUAUGAAUUUUCCAUCUAUCCGCGCCUGACAAGAGAACGCUUAACAGCGCCACAAAAUUCGGAGCGCGCUUUAGCGGAUUUUUCGCGUGCAGUUUGCGAAAAAAAGAAAAUAACGAUUUCAUUCCCUCACACAUCUUUCUGAAUUUAUUAAAAAAAAAACAGAUACCCAUACUCGUUAGUUGAAACGCUGACAUAAUAAUGACUCGUUGCACUGGCACAUUUAUUCUUUCUGGUUUUUUUUUUUUCUUUCGCGUUUUAUCGAUAAUAAAGUGGAAAAGUAUGGAGGAGCGCGCUGCCGCGCGGUACAACUCCGAGCGACUUUUCAACUGUACAAAUCCGCGGCAGUUGUUUCGAGAACGAAAAAAGCAUUACGACUGCAGCGGACUAACACAGCCGGUGGAAGAAAAAAGAAACAGCUUUUGCACCGACCGAAAACCGUAAAAUGCACCGUAAAGCGCGUUACUGCGGGCCAUUUAGAAAGAUCGAUCGAUCCCGCGAACACUUUCCGAAUGAUCGAUGCACCGUCCCAGAAUGCCGGUUCCUUUCUCCGAAAUAGAAGACUGGAAUCGUUGCCCGGGCGGAGAUAAAUCACCGAUUUUCUCCAGUAUUGUAUAUUGAAAAAUACGAGAAACAUAAAUUGCGAUAAUCUCAGCGGUGCAUGGACGAAGAUUUAGCAGGCAUCGCCUGUAAACGCGUUAUUCUGUCGCGCGCGCGCGCGCGCGUGUUUAAAAGUCAGCUUGUAUACUUGUUUCGUCGGAACGCGUUGCGUGUGUCGACUUAUGUCGUAGCGUUUGAUUGAGUCAAGCCAUUAUUCAUUCAAAAGCGAGACGUCGCAGAUCGCAAAAUUUAUCAAUCGCGCAUUCUGAUAUGUGUCAUUUGCAUUACUUGUUAAUAUGAUUGAAUUCUGUCGAUGAUAUUCUUGUAGAACAAGAGAAGGAGCUCUUUUAAUACCUGAACACGACACGCCGUAUAUAAUCCGUUUUACUACGUUAUGUUUUGAAUCCGAUAUUUCGCAAUAAAAGUGCUUUAAUGGGAAUAGCGUCCUCCUUGCGAGAGGAAGAAAGGAGAGAGCAGAAACGAGACUCGUGAAACAAGACAAUGAACCCUAUAUGCCGUACUAUAGUCUACUAUUUCCUGGCUGUUUAUUUAAAGGGUCUGCUGCAAUCUUUGAAGCUAUACGCUGGUCAUCCUCCGGAUCUUGUAAAAUGCACUACUGAUUUUAACUUUGCAGUGGACGAAGAGCUCGGCUCUGGUGAUUACGAUCUCAACUUGCUCGACGGUUCCGGCGACGCUGAUUUGAAGAAGAUCGGUCGUGAUGCGGACGAAGACAAAAGCGACGAAAGUAACCCGCCGCCAUUCAUCACACCCCCGCCCCCGAAUCCAGAUUAUAAAGGCCCGAAAGGUGAAAAGGGUGACAAAGGAGACAAGGGCGAGAGCGUCAGGGGUCCCCCGGGGCCUCCGGGCCCGCCUGGUCGUGAUGAGGAUUUGCUAACGAAGAUACCGCAGGGACCACCUGGUCAGAAGGGAGACCCUGGCACUUGCACCUGCAACGCCACGGCCUUAAUGUCUUCCUUUACGAUGCCAAAGAUGAUACAAGGGCCGAAGGGUGAGCCGGGAGUGCCGGGACAAGAAGGAAAGCAGGGCCUAAUGGGUCUUACGGGUGCGGCAGGACCGCCAGGGGAAAGAGGGCUGCACGGUCCGUCCGGGGCGAAAGGUGACAAGGGUGAUAUUGGAAUACCAGGGCCGGAAGGUCCUCAAGGUCAGAAAGGCGAGCCGGGUCGGGACGGAAUACCCGGCGAAAAGGGAGCGCAAGGUCCGCCGGGGCCGCCCGGAAAAGGAGAAUUCUCUGGCUAUGACCCCAGUUGGAAACCUCGAAGUAUUUACAGGACGGAAGGUAUCACGAUGAGGCCGGGAUUGCCGGGACAAAAGGGUGAGCCGGGUACAUCGGGAAGUCCCGGGCCAAAAGGUGAGUCCGGGAUAACCGGCUCCAAGGGUAUCAAGGGCGAACCUGGGCACAAAGGCGCCAAGGGCGAUCAUGGCAAAGAAGGUCCCAGAGGAACUCAAGGCUUCAAGGGUGAGCCCGGUGCACCCGGUGCACCCGGACUGCCUGGAGCGCCCGGCGAGAACGGACGGCCAGCUGAGAAGGGUGAUAAGGGCGAUAUAGGACCUGAAGGCAAACCUGGAUCUCCAGGACCACCCGGUCCACCCGGCACGGGUGGUUCUGGCGGCAUAAACGUCGGAGAUCUGGGAUUCGGCACGAAAGGCGACAAAGGCGAUCUCGGAGCGCGAGGAUACAGAGGUGAUAAGGGCACGAAGGGCGAGAAGGGCGAUAAGGGUGACGCCGGCCCAGCUGGUAUUCCCGGAAUAAACGGCAUUCAAGGACCUCAAGGAGAUAAAGGCGAGCCCGGUACAGACGGCGUACCUGGAUCACCAGGCACGCCUGGCGCUAAGGGCGAGAGAGGCGAAAGAGGCCCUCCUGGAGCCACUACUGUUGCCAGUUCCGGCGACUACGUCACCAUCAAAGGCGAGAAAGGCGCCGAAGGGAAACGGGGCAGAAGAGGACGACCUGGACCGUCCGGACCUGUGGGUCCGCCUGGAAAACCUGGAAUCACGGGAGAAAUCGGCCUACCCGGUUGGAUGAACACAAUAAAGGGUCGUCCAGGGACUCCCGGAAUUCCGGGAAGUAUCGGACCAAUGGGACCCAAGGGAGAAAAGGGGGAGCCCGGCGCACCGAGCCCUUACGGUGUUUCCGUCGGUAUCAAAGGGGACAAAGGAAACGACGGGUUGCCCGGGAUUCCUGGCCAGACUGGAAGAGACGGUCAAAGAGGACCCCCGGGACCUCCUGGACCUCCCGGACCACCAUCUCAAGGGAAAUACAUUCCGGUUCCAGGACCCCCAGGUCCUCCCGGGCCACCUGGUCAGCCCGGCUUGUCUUUGAUCGGACAGAAAGGAGAACCCGGCAUCGGCAGAAACCCUUAUGGCGAAAGAGAUCUAUAUUAUGGCGUCAGGCAAGGACCCAGAAGCAGCCUGGACGAGUUGAAAGCCCUGCGCGAACUCAAGCAAUUGAAAGAACUGAAAGAUCAAUUAGGUAUUGCCACUGCCGCUACUAGAGGACCUUUAGAAAGUACAACGAAAAUUGUGCCAGGAGCUGUUACGUUCCAAAACACAGAAGCUAUGACAAAGAUGUCCAGUGUCAGUCCCGUUGGAACUCUGGCUUACAUCAUAGAUGAGCAGGCUUUGCUGGUCAGAGUUAACAACGGAUGGCAAUACAUAGCGCUUGGCUCACUACUGCCUAUUACAACGCCCGCACCGCCAACGACAGCACCGCCACCAGCGAAUCCUCCCUUCGAAGCAUCCAAUUUGAUUAACCAAAUACCCGUGAAAGCCGACGGGACAGGGUGGUAUCCGCGAAUGUUGAGAAUGGCUGCACUGAACGAGCCUUUCACUGGAGAUAUGCACGGUAUACGAGGAGCUGACUACGCUUGCUAUCGACAAGCAAGACGAGCGGGUUUGAGAGGUACCUUCCGCGCCUUUCUCAGUUCUCGAGUUCAAAACGUCGACAGUAUUGUCAGAUUGGGAGACCGCGAUCUCCCUAUAGUGAAUAUAAAGGGUGACGUGCUGUUCAACUCCUGGAAGGAGAUGUUCAACGGAAACGGCGCAUACUUCUCUCAAAAUCCCAGAAUCUACAGCUUUAAUGGGAAAAACAUCCUCACCGACUUUGCGUGGCCCGAGAAAGUUGCGUGGCACGGUUCUCACAAACUUGGUGACCGAGCAAUGGAUACUUAUUGCGACGCCUGGCAUUCGAGCAGCUCGGAUCGCUACGGGUUGGGCUCGCCAUUGACCGGCGGUCGGCUUUUGGAACAAGUGCGAUAUUCAUGCGACAAUAAAUUCGCGCUGCUCUGUAUCGAGGUGACGAGCGAGGCGGUGAGGAGACGGCGGAGUACCAACGAUCGGCCAGAAGACGACGUGGAGAUGACGGAGAACGACUACAUGGAGUAUUUGGAGGAGCUCAUGCAAUAUUGAGGAACGCACACCCCUUCGAUCAUUCGCACCACCCUCGCGACGCAAAUAUCCAGCCAUACUAUGUAAAUAGGAAUGCAGAUGCGCGCGUGCUGCGUUUCUUUUUCCAUGCGAUGAGAAGCAUAUCCCUCAACUUCGAGUAAUAAUUCGUACACAUAUCGCGAAUGCGGAAGCGCGCAUGAGAGACAGAGAGGAGGAGAGAGUCGGGAGUAGCACGCCGCGUCGCGUCACAUCUCGUACCCGAGUCUCGCGAGAAAACUUUAUCUCCGAUUCCAAAAAUAUAGUUACUUGUGCUCGCCGCGAGUCACUAGCCAACCGCUUCUACUGCGUUCUCAGUUUUCACUUUCUCUUGAACUUUCUUAAAAAUAAAAAGAAGACUGAUUGUCUAGAUAUUCAUCCGUCAGUGUUUCGUCGUAUUCGAGUAUUCAUAUCGGGUACUCCUUUCCUUCUAUCGGCCGCUUCCGGGAGCCUCGAGGUCGCUCGCAGUCUCGGCGACGCCAUCGCAGUUCAACGUUCGUCAAGCGUUUUCCCUCAUCACGAUAAACCAAAAAUUCUUAUAGGUCGCCGCACGAGCGACAAAAAUCCGGAACAACGUGUGCGCUCGAUUCACUCUCACGUCCGCGUUUAUGGCGCGCCCGUAACAACGCUAAAAGCGACCGUCUGGUUCGGCCCUUUCUCUUCGUUAGACACCGUGCAUGAGAACUCUACACGAUACAGCAUUCGACGAUUUUAUAUUAUGACGUUAAAUGCGAGAAAGUGCGAGUGAAUGAAUAUCGCGAGUCCCUCCAUAUCAUUAUCCAUAUCAUCAAAAUUGAGGAUCUGGAUUCAGAAUCGUGGUAAUUCUAAUAUCGCUAAGUCUGUUUGACCUGUCUCUGAUUUCCCUUAUUUUCGUCAUGUAAUCCUAGAAGAUAUUUUUGAAGAUGCAGAAUACAUUUUUCAACUAUACUUUCAAUUAUACAUUUUAUUAGAAAGAUUAUAGUAAAAGUAGGAUAAAUCGAUUUAAGAAAUACUGAUAUUUCGUAUUAUUUCAUUCCACACGGAAUAUUAAAAUAAAUUUUUUUGCGGUAUCAUAUUUUCAAUGACAAUGUCUUUAGACCAAUAACGUUCAAACUUUAUUUAAAGCUAACGAUGGUUUGAGAUUCGAUUCCUCAAUUAUGCGCGAAUAGAAUAGAACAAAUCCUCGUUUCUGACGUCUUGAUACAAAAUAGCUGAUAUAGCUAGAUUGUGAACCGUGAAAUGGACAAAACCCAGGUGAUCAUGCUCGGCACUGUAUCGCGCUAUAAAUGCGGACCGUUUAAAGAAGCAACUACCUAACUAACGCUGCUCUAAGUAAACCUAAACGAAGUUCGUACCCGCGAUCAAGUUGCAUUUACAUUUUAGCUGAUACAUAUUGAGUGUGUAUGUUAGACGUAAGAGAAACAUCGAUUAAGGAGUUUCAGACGACAGCUCGUUGUCGAAGAUUUAUGCUCUGUGUAACGUAGGUCACAGGAGUUUUACAAUACACGAGUGUAAAAAAAAGUAGAAUUACAUGGAGGAAAAUGAUUUUGCUCUUUUAGCAAAAUCGUCGUUGCUACUGCAUAUUUGUAGUGACAUCAAAAAAAUUUAGUUGGCGUAACUAAUUUUACAAAUUAUUUGUUAUCAGAGGAGAAGUAGUUUCAUUGCCAGAAUAGAAAAAAU